GGCAGCAUACCUACACAACAUAGCCCAAAUUAACCUCCCAGCCCACGCCCCACAAUGGGUAGCAAUAGAAUCCCACUGGCCACCCCAACACGACCUCCAAGCAGUAUUAUGGCUACAUAAAUGCCCAAGACACAUACGAGAGGCUCUAUUACCUAGCACACAGAACCUGUUAAGAGUAUGGAGCACAACGAGGAACAAGCUGGUGUCUAACCCUCAGCUACCUAUGGCCACGCCAAUACAAACAAUAGGCAUAGAGAUCCCCACAUUCAACUGGGACACCUGGAGGAGAGGGGGAAUUCACCACAUAUACCAAGUCAUUGACAGGGGUAAACUGAAAACACUACCAGCCAUCCAGACAGAGUAUGCAUUACCCACCAAGACCACAUUCUCUUACCUACAGCUCAAAUCAUAUGUGUCAGACAAAUUAAAAAAACUGUCAGGAAUAGACAACAAGAAAACCAUGACGACCUUUGAACGACAAUGUGUAGGAACUGCGCCACUCAAGAAGGCAAUGUCCUGGGGGUACCAGAAGCUAGUCUCAACACAAACACACACACUAGAGCAGAUCAAAAAAGAUUGGUACAGGGAAAUAG